ACCCCUUUCCCUGUUUUCUGUCUUCAUACAUUUCAGAUAUAUAUAUAUAACAAAAGAACACAGCAGCCUGAUAUCAUUUUCAGUUGUAAGCUCGAUAAUGGCGGUUUUCAAUACCAAGUUCCCAUCUUUACUAUCUGGAACUACUUCUAAUUCUAAAAAAACCCAUAAUCAUAAAUUUCAUCAUUUACGAAUCUCUAACUGUUCUUUAUCCUACACCCCACCUUCCACCACUUAUUCCUCUAAUUCUUCUCCAUUCACUGAAAAGCACUCUGUAGAGAGAUAUCAAAGAGAUAAUUGGUUGUAUUCUGAAGACUCGUCAUUUGAUAAUACUACUUGUUGUUCAAUACCAAUUGAUCCAAAUUAUAUUAGAAAUGAAGAUAUCGCUCUUCAAUUACCUGAGUUGAAGAAAUUGCUUCAGGUUUUGAGAGAAAAGAGACAAGGAGAAAAUGGAAAUGGGUUUUCAAAUAAAGGGCCUGGGAACGUAUUCUUGGUUGGGACUGGACCUGGAGAUCCGGAGUUGUUGACUUUGAAAGCAUUGAGGGCAAUUGAGAGUGCUGAUCUUCUAUUGUAUGAUAGGUUAGUUUCUAAUGAUGUUUUGAAUUUAGUCAGACAAGAUGCAAGGCUUCUCUAUGUUGGCAAAACUGCUGGAUACCAUAGCAGAACUCAGGAAGAGAUUCAUGAAUUGCUCCUUAGUUUUGCUGAAGCUGGUGCAAAUGUUGUAAGGCUUAAAGGAGGGGAUCCGCUGGUAUUUGGGAGGGGUGGCGAGGAGAUGGAUUUUUUGCAACAACAAGGGAUUCAAGUGAAGGUGAUCCCAGGAAUAACUGCUGCUUCAGGAAUAGCAGCUGAGCUUGGAAUACCAUUGACUCAUCGUGGUGUUGCCAAUAGUGUUAGGUUUCUGACUGGGCACUCGAGGAAAGGAGGAACAGACCCAUUGUUUGUUGCAGAGAAUGCUGCGGACCAAGAUUGUACUUUAGUUGUUUACAUGGGAUUAUCGACCCUUCCUUCACUUGCUCAGAAGUUGAUGCGUCAAGGUUUGCCACCUGAUACACCCGCAGUUGCGGUUGAACGGGGGACAACUCCUCAACAACGGAUGGUAUUUGCAGAAUUGCAUGAUCUUGUAGACAAAGUUACCUCUGCUGAGCUUUUAUCACCAACCCUAAUUGUCAUCGGCAAAGUCGUUGCGCUCUCACCGCUAUGGCCACUUUCUUCAAAAGCAGUAAUGAUGGCAGAGACAUGACUAAUUUUGAUUCAAGACUGAAGAUAUUUUCAUGAACUUAUCCUCUGCUUAAGCAUGUUCUUCGGAUGACUGAGCCUUGAUUUUUAAAAUUUGCGAGGGUCUGCAGGCAUGCUUAGUUGAGGGGUAACCAUUGAUGUCGCCAUGGAGUGAGACUAUUUGAUCUGUAAAUGUGCAGUCACGGAAACUAAUUUAUCGCCAGAGAAAGUAACCAUUGAUGUCGCCAUGGAGUGAGACUAUUUGAUUAAGGGCUAGCAGGAUCUGUAAUUGUGCAGUCACGGAAACUAACUUAUCGCCAGAGAAAGGGAUAUAUUGUGGAAGAAAUCUGCGGAGUUAUUUUGUUUUUUCCCGCUCAUUGUAAUUCUCGUUUGAUUCUUGUUGUCUUAAUUUCUAUAUCUAAUAAAGAAAAUGUAAGCACAUGGCCAAGAAAAGUCUGUUAUUGUCCUUGGCUAUUGUGAUUGUCCAAGAUACAUAGUGGUGGUCUCUUUCAGGGAAUAAAAGACGCAAUUGCCUUUCAUUCAAUUCAAGGAAAAUGAUCAGGUGUUGAGCUUCACAGA